UCAUGCGCGUUGUGUUCACCUACACAUAGCAUCAUGGCAACACUGCACAGACGCCCUACAAGAGAAGACCCGGCUGACCUGAACGGUUGAUUCACAAGGCGUCUUUAGAAGUUACACUUUAAACUACAAAAAUCCCAGCGAGAUGUUGCGAGGACGAGGUCGCCGUGCGUGGAGGGACACUCCUGUUGAAGCUCCAGUAAUAGAGGCUCCGGUUGAGGAACCAAAUAAUUUAUUACCUUCACCGUUGGACGUAAAAAUGGUGGAUGCCAGUGAUGGGAUGUCUGACAAUGAGAUGCCAAUGGAAGGGGAGGAGGAAAAGACCAGGAAAAGGCCUUGGGAGAAACCUGGAGGCGUCAAGGUUAAAAGAAAGAAGGUGCCCGGAGCCAAGAAUCUGAAGAUUCGACGGUAUGUUCAGCCCAAGAAUGCCGUCAUGUGCCUCAACGAGCUUCGUCCUGGAGUUGUUUAUACCACGGAGCAGGAAGGAGGCGUCAGUCAGCCGUUCUGCGUUUCUGUAGAGGUGGCUUAUUCUCAGGUUGACAACCAAAAAUAUAGAGGGUUUGGUACUUCUAAGCAAUUAGCAAAGCAGGCAGCAGCUGAAGCGGCUCUCAUCAGCUUUGUAAAACCACCUGUUGUUGCUGCCAAUGCAAAGGAAGCAAAAGAGGAGGACAAGACACCUUGGGCAACGUUGGCAUCAUUUGCUAUUUAUAAACUAUUUAAUGACUGGCGUGAUGGUCGCGUCGGCAUGUGCCCCCCACCUGCUGCACAGCCAUAUGGUACAGGAGUUCCUCCAGGAUUCACAUCAUUUUUAGCAUCAGCAGCAGAAAAAGAGGAGGCUGCAAAUGCAGCGGCAUUCACGGAGGCCAUUUCAGCCCACCUGGGUGGUCGUGCACCCCAUGGAGGUCCACUCACUGGAGCAGUAGCAGCUCCCAUGGAAGGGGUAAAGCAGGAAACUGUCAUACAAAAUGCAGAAGGCAAAGUGCCCAAGCCAGCGAAACAAGUUCCUGAAAAUGCAGCUGCCAUGCAUCCUGUAAUGGUUUUGCAUCAAAUGAAACCUGGUAUUCAGUACGAUAUCAGUCAGUUGAACAAGGAUGGGAAGCUAUACUUUGAAGUUAGUUGCACAAUUGAUGAGCAGAACUUCACAGGAGAAGGGCCCAAUGUCAAGAAAGCCAAGUUCAACCUUGCGAAAAGUGCUAUAUUAGGAUUGUACGGCGUCGAGUCUGCUUUUGAACCACCUUCAUCAUAAUUUAUUAUUAAGGAUGGAGUUUCUGAACCCUCUUCAUCAUAAUUUAUUAUUAAGGAUGGAAAAGAUCUGUUGGCAAAAUGUGUAGAAUUUGCCAGGAGAUUCCUUAAGCUUUUGUACCAAAGUUCUCUUCCCUUUCCCUCUUUGGAAUAGGUUCAUUUUAUUCUUUUUUUAUAUUUUUGUUUUCUAUUGCAUAGCUUAUGCAUUUCCAUUCGACAUUGUCAUUUUUAGUGAUUAAGUUUCAGUCUAGGUCUUUUUGUCAAAUCUUGCCUAGGAUUGUAGAAAUUUCAGGUUUCUUAUUUUUUUUUUUUUUGUCAAAUCUUGCCUAGGAUUGUAGACUGAUAGUGAAAUGCAUAAAUUGACAAAUGCUUAUGACCUGUUAAAAAGGUGAAUGUAAGUGUAAUGUUUAGUUUUUAAAUUGUAUCAAUGUGAACUAGAUUAGUUUGGUUUUGAACAAUGCUUCUACUGGAGCAUCUAGGAGUUCUUGGAAAAAUAACGGCCUAAGAAGGCAAUAGGUGAUGAUACUUCAUUAUUAUUAUAUGGUUUAGCACCACCAUACAUGUAAAGAAAUAAAGAGUCUCGCUUCA